UGCACGUUUCGUUUCAUAUUGCGUUGUGUAAAUUAAUGAAUAAAAAAACAAUUAUUAUGAACGAUAUUAAGCGUUUGAAGGAACAACAGCGUGACAAACAUCCUGGCUUUGACGGUUAUCUGGACUGUAUGACACGUGCGCUCUUUACGGGACUGGCAUCAUUUUGUUUAGGAUUUGCGGGAACAUAUUUCGUGCAAAAGGCAGUACAAACGAAAAUCCGCUAUCCAAUUAAGUACAACAUUUUGGUUUCUUCAUUGGUUGCCACUGGCAUUGCAUAUCAAACAACCACAACACGCACCAAAUCCUGUCAAGCGGCUUGGAUGGCCUACGAGGGCAAGCAUUCGGUGCUUAACGAGAAAACCUAUUAGUAAUAUUAGUAAUAGCCAUGACGACGUGCCUACG